AUCAAAAACCGCACAUUCCACGUCCUUAUGGAAAACAUACCGAUCUCAUUUGUCCCAGAAUCUACCGCAGCCAUAGACGACAUCAAGAAGAAGGCUGCUUUCACCCCAAAAACUAUCCUGAAGGCUAAGUACAUCAAACCAAUAGUGAGAUGCAACCUGAAUCAAAGAACAGCUCACAUCAUACUAACCUUCAAUUCUAGGGAAAGUGCGAAUCACACCAUCAAAUUUGGACUAUCAGUAGCCAGCAAAAGGGUCUAUGGACAAAAACUCCUACCAGAACCAUCAAGAUGCCUCAAAUGCCAUUCUUUUGACGGCAGCCACAUGGCAACAGACUGCCCUAAGGACGCUGACAUUUGCGGAACGUGUGGGGAACAACACCGCACAGCAACGUGCAAGGUAGAUGACCCCAACAACUAUCACUGUGCUAACUGCGAAAUAAAGGGACAUGCAGCAUGG